CGACCGGUGCCGGUUUUCAUGGUCGGGGAAAGAUCCGUGCUUUUGGACACAGGGGCAUAGAAACACACCGUCGACUCGUCUGUCGAUCCCGGUUCCAUGGUAGCCCGCCGGCGAAAGGACUCUCCGGAGCAGUUCGUCUGAUGGGAUUCCAGCGAAUGAAGUCCGCCUUCGUUAGCAUCGACAUGUUCCAGUGUAGCGCUUCGUGUGGAUAGGUUCAAAGAAUGCUGCCCAGGAAUCAUCACCGCUUGGCGGGUCUCUCUCGGUUGCGCAGUGGCAUUGCACGCCAUGAUCGUUUGUGGGUACUACGCCCAUUGGCCUGUGCAUCGACCUCGUCCGAAACUCCUGCUUCUCCUCGCGUUCCCGGUCGGGAUUCCGCUGUCCGGCCUCGGGGAAAGGAUGGUUUUGAUGGGUUCGAUUCGUUUGAAAGGAUGAUGGGUCGCGGCGGCGUCGGUGAUGAAGCGUUUGCACGCACGCCAGGUGACUGUGGAUAUGACACUAAGCCUGACUUCGGAAAUUUUCAGGUGGGCGAAGAGUCGAGCGGUGACGAAGCAGAGGAAAGUGUUGGCUCGGAAGAGGAGGAUUGUUUUCCGGUGGUGAAACCGCUCAAUUUGAAGAAUGGACGGAGUGAUUUCAUUCGAAGUAUUGAAGAAUGUGGAGAUGAAUUGAGACACCCUUUGGUGAGGGAAGUUUGUAGGCUAGUUCAGCUUCAGUCAGUUUGGAACCCGGACCUUGAAGGUGAGCUGAGGCAUCUAUUGAGGAGCCUCAAGCCGAGGCAAGUGUGCGCCGUGCUUCGCGCGCAGGAGGAUGAACGGGUUGCCUUGAAGUUCUUCUACUGGGCCGAUCGACAGUGGCGGUACCGGCAUGAUCCUAUCGUGUAUUAUACGAUGUUGGGGAUCUUGAGCAAGACCAAAUUGUGCCAAGGCGCUAGGAGAAUUAUCCGGCUCAUGCGCCGAAGGCGCAUCGUGCGUGAGCCUGAAGCUUUUGGAUAUCUCAUGCUGUCCUACAGUAGGGCAGGCCAGUUAAGGCGCGCCUUGCAGGUUCUGACGUUGAUGCAGAAGGCAGGUGUUGAACCUAAUUUAUCAAUAUGCAACGUGGCAAUGAAUGUCCUCACAAGGGCUAACAGGCUUGAAAAGGCAUUUAAGUUCAUGGAGAGAAUGCAACUUGUUGGAAUUACGCCAAAUGUGGUUACUUAUAAUUGUUUAAUCAUGGGUUACUGUGAUUUGCAUCGUGUCGACGAUGCCAUUGAGCUGCUUGAUGGAAUGCCUGCGAAGGGUUGUCCUCCAGAUAAGGUCAGUUACUAUACUGUCAUGGAUUUUCUAUGUAAAGAAAAAAGGGUUGAAGAAGUGAGGGAGAUGUUGCAGAAAAUGGUAAGGGACAGCAAUUUAUUACCGGACCAGGUUACUUAUGAUCAUCUAGUCCAUGUGCUUGCCAAGCAUGGUCAUGGAGACGAGGCUCUUGAAUUUGUGAGGGAAGCAGAACAGAGAGGCUUUCAGAUUGAUAAAGUAGGGCAUAGUGCCAUAGUCGAUUCAUUCUGUAAAGAGGGGAACCUAGAUAAGGCAAAGGAAAUAGUGAAUGAGAUGUUAUUGAAGGGUUGCUUGCCAGAUGUGGUGACAUAUACCUCUGUUAUUGAUGGGUUUUGUCGAGUAGGUAAAGUAGAUCAAGCUAGAAAGCUGCUGAAGCAGAUGGAAAAGCAUGGCUGCAAGCCAAACACUGUAUCUUAUACAGCCUUGUUAACUGGGCUCUGUCGAAGUGGUAAGUCUUCAGAAGCUAGAGAAAUGAUGGACACGAGCGAAGAGAACUGGUGGAGUCCUAAUGCCAUUACUUACAGUGUGGUGAUGCACGGGCUGCGCAGGGAGGGAAAGUUGUCAGAGGCCAGUGAGGUAGCUCGAGAGAUGGUGAAGAAGGGAUUCUUUCCCACUCCUGUUGAAAUUAACUUACUUCUUCAGUCUCUCUGCGAGAAGGGAAAAGUGGACGAGGCUAAAAGGUUCAUGGAAGAAUGUUCAAAGAAAGGGUGUGCUGUUAAUGUUGUGAACUUUACCACCGUAAUUCAUGGGUACUGUCAGACAGAUAAUUUGGAUGCGGCUCUAUCUUUGCUCGAUGACAUGUACCUCAGCAACAGACAUGCUGAUGUAUUCACAUAUACGACACUCAUAGAUGCAUUGGGGAAGAAGGGAAGAAUUGAAGAGGCAACCGACCUUGUCAUGAAGAUGCUGAAGAAGGGUUUGCUUCCUACUCCAGUUACAUACAGGACAGUCAUACACCGUUAUUGUGAAAGGGGUCAGGUGGAAGAUUUGUUAAAGUUGUUGGAAAAGAUGCUUUUAAGGCAAAAGUUCAGAAUAGCAUACAAUCAAGUCAUUGAGAAGCUUUGUAAUUUUGGAAACUUAGAGGCAGCUGAAAAGCUUCUGGGUAAGGUUCUGAGAACAGCUUCUCGUAUUGAUGCCAAUACAUGCCAUGUCUUAAUGGAGAGUUAUUUGAGCAAGGGGAUCCCUCUGUCAGCAUACAAAGUUGCAUGCAAAAUGUUUCGGCGGAGUCUGAUUCCUGAUUUAAAACUGUGUGAGAGAGUGACCAAAGGACUUAUGUCAGAAGGCAAACUGGAGGAGGCAGAUAAGCUUAUGUUACUCUUUGUGGAACGUGGACACAUCGUGCCUCAGAGUUGAAAGCACUACUAAUCCUGUGAAGCAUCCUUCUACACUGAAAUGCAGUUGAUACCACCCAAUUAUUACCUUUCUUCUGAUGGGCUUGGAGUAUGAAAAGUAUUGAUGGUUGCAUGGAUGAUGAUGGUGAACUGUUUAUGUGCUGAUACUGAAAAACAUGGUGUUAUCCUUCUUUCUGAGCUUGUUCUUACUUUCUUAUAGAAGGAUGCCCGUUCAGACUAGAUGCAAGAUCAGAAGUACAGAAUGUGAGAUGUAGCCGGUGACUGUCAUGAUCGUAAUUUCCUGUUUCCGGCAGAGACAUGGAAGUAUGUUGGUUAACACUAUUGCAAUAGACUAGAGGAUAAUACCAACGGGAACUUCUGGUGAGCUUAUUUGUAAUUUGAAGGCUACUCAGGUUCAAGAAUGGGCAGGACAGGUGUAUUCUUUGCAUGUUGACGAGUCAUGCACUCGCAGAAGAUAGUCUUUUGCAUAAUUGAUGAUUCAAAAUCCCGACUCACAAUUUCCAGUGUCAGGUCUUCUCCAGUCAUUACAGCUAAGAAUACGACUGUCGGCAUUUUCCUCGCUUUUGCGAUGCAGACAAUCAGCAACUGGGUAUUUUUCAUGUCUUUGAUGAUUUUCUGCAGCAAAAGAAAAUCUUUACAAUUGCCUCUGUCUGGAUCUGGGGCUUGGACCAAUCACGGGAGAUGGGAUUUCUAUCUGUUUCUGCCUGAACUGUUAUGCAGAAGCGACUUCAGAUUGAUUCUUCACGAGUUUCAAGCUCAAUGUUUGGCACUCUUUUGCAAGACGGUGAUGAAUUGCGAAGACAGACUAUGCAGGACUUUUGUGGAGGUACAUGUAAUUUUCAGAAGCAACUGAUUAUUUUAUGCACUGAAGCAUACUGCUUUAGGGAAUUCAUUAUUAUCGUUUUAAACAAUAUGAUGUCAGUGGGAAUCGCGCAAAUAAAUGAGAGAUAGAGAGAUAUUAUAUUGGCUGAGAA